AUGACUUUACAAACUUUGAUAAAUAGGGCAACCGAUUGCACCUUAACAGAUGAUAAUUGGCAAUACAUCCUCGAUGUUUGCGAUGAAAUUUCCAAGGAUCCUGAAACAAAUUCACGAGCAGCCAUAAAGCACAUCAAAGGUCGGCUCGCCACCAGGGACGCUAACAUCCUCUUCAGAACUUUGACACUUAUAACUGCCAUCGCUGAGAACUGUGGUUCGCGACUGAAACAGGAAAUUGCAUCUAAUGAGUUUCUUCAGACUCAUAUGCUAGCGAAGCUAUCGGACAAAAAAGUGCACAAACAGGUCAAGUUGAGAAUUGCAGAGGUACUCCAACAUCUUAGGAAGAGCUUUGAAGGCGAUCCUUCACUUCGGCCCAUACAAGAUGCAUGCAAGGUUUUGACCUCCAAGUAUACUCAAUUCUGCAAAGCACCACCAUCAAAGCCAGCAAAGACUGCGAUUGAGUGGAAAGAGAAGGAGCAGGAAGAACAAGAAUUAGAAAGGGCCUUGAAGCUCUCAGUACAAGAGUACGAACGUGAGAAGAAUACCAAAGAAAGCACCUUAGUGUUUGAACCUUCAACAAAUGAAAGAAGCGGGCGCCUUGACCCUGGCCACAGUUCAAGAAAUGAUCACCAAACUAUAUCGAUUGCUAAUGUAAAGAAAGUUCGUGCACUUUACGACCUAAUUUCGUACGAGCCUGAUGAGCUUUCGUUUAAGAAAGGUGAUAUUAUCACUGUGAUCGAGUCUGUUUAUCGAGACUGGUGGAGAGGAACUAUGUCGAAUGGAAAGCAAGGAAUAUUCCCGUUAAACUAUGUCACUCCCCUUGUCCGAAAAUCUCCCGAGGAAAGCGCACGGGAAGCAGCAAUAGAAGAAAGGAUGUUAAAGACUGAACAAACAAAAAUUGAGGAGCUACUAGCUCUCCUUUCCUCGAAAUCCUCCUUGGUGAACGAAGAUAGAGUUACGGAGCUAUUCAAUGAGGUUCUUCCGGUGAAAUCAUCUUUGGCGAAAGCGAUAGAGAAGUAUAGUCUUCGGAAGGACGAAUUAGGAUCCCUUCAUGGAAGGAUGAAUGAGGCAAAUAACUACUACAACUUAUUGAUUGAUAAAGUUGUGAAUUCGAGGGGCGAGGUAAGGCUGUCGCAGAUACUCCCGUAUCCAUCAGAGUCUAGCUUUCGUGGAGCGGUGUUACAAGAGCAGUCGACAAGUAGUGGUUUUGGAAAUCAAUAUAGCGGAUGA